GUUUCGGACGCGUCUCUUUCUCCUUCUCCUUUCGGUGUCAAUUCCUUUGUUUCUCUUGGAGCUCCCUUCAAUCUCCUUCCUAUUCAUGACUUCAUCUCCUUCCCCCACAUCUUUAUCUCGAACUUUUUCGGUAUAAAAUCUUCCCAAGCGAUCGUUUUCUUUGUUCCUCUGCUCUUUUAUGGCGGGAACCAACGGGCAGCUCUGAGCAAUCUGGGUGUUCGUUUACAUCAAAGAUAGGUGGAGAUACUGAGUUUUAAACCUAAUUGAAUGGCAAAUUCAUCUGGGAACCGUCAAGAACAAGAGAAUCAGGGGGCGUUCAAUUUCUUCACUGGAACGAACCCCACCAACGGCAAUCUGGCACCCGAUUGUUCUGCUUUUAGUAUGAAGCACGAUCCAUUAUCUCAAUGGAGUGGACAGUAGAGGAGCAGAUAUGCAUGAGAACCAUCUGCAAAUCGUUAUGCAAAAAUAGCUGUACACCUACCAAAUAAGACUAUACGGGACGUGGCAUUACGUUAUAGAUGGAUGACUGUAAGGCUUGUAUUUAUUGCUUGUUUCUGUGUAAAUGUCUACUUGAAGUUUAGGAGUUGAAAACUUGGAAUUAAUAAACUAUUAUAUUUUGG